GCUCCUCCUAUAUAAUAUAUAUAUUUGAUCUCUCACAAAAACAAGUACCAAAGCAAAAGGGUGAUUUCAUCCAACUCCUCUAUCUUUGUCGUUUAUCUUAUAAACCUGCGUUAUGAAAAUGUUGUCACGAAAAAGAUUGUCCGAUCCGAAAGCAGUUUUGACUGCAGCUGCCUCUUUUGCUGCCACGGCCAUGCUUAUUCGAAGCGUUGCCAAUGAUUUCAUUCCUCAUGAACUACGAAGUUUUUUCUCCUCUAGGAUCGAUAAGCUUGCUCGUAAAUUCUCUUCAAAGAUGACCAUUGGCAUAGAUGAAUUUCAAGGGCAUUCAAGAAACUUGGUAUUUGAGGCUGUCGAUGUCUAUUUGGGCACUAAAUUGACCCCAUCUGUUCGAAGAAUUAAAGUGAGCAAAGGGGAGGAAGACACGAAACUAGCAGUCGCUGUGGAUAGAGAUGAAGAGAUUCUUGAUGUUUAUGAAGAUGUGCAAGUAAGCUGGAUAUUGGUUUGUACAGAGAUUGAACCAUCUGGUGGUGGAAAUGCUUUUCAUUAUUCUGCGCUUUCACGAUUGGAAAGGAAAUCCUACGAGCUAACCUUCCAUCAGAAACAUACAGAGAAGGUGUUGAAUUCAUAUUUGCCAUACAUUUUGGAGAGAGCAAAGGCCAUUAACGAAGAAAGCAAGGUCAUAAAGCUUCACACAGUUGUUUAUGGGGAAUGGGACUCGAACACCGUUAAUCUUGAUCACCCAAUGACCUUCAAGACCCUUGCCAUGGAUUCCGACCUUAAGAUGGCAUUGAUGGAUGACUUGAACAGCUUUGUGGAGGGGAAGGAAUUCCAUAGAAGAACUGGGAAAGCUUGGAAACGAGGGUACUUGUUGUAUGGUCCUCCUGGCACUGGGAAAUCAAGCUUGAUAGCAGCCAUAGCUAAUCACCUCAGUUAUGACAUCUACGAUUUGGAUCUAACCUCUGUUGACUCCAACUGCGAUUUAAGGUCAUUGUUGCUUGGCAUGUCGAACCGAUGCCUACUCGUGGUCGAGGACAUUGAUUGCUCUAUCAAGCUGAAGAACCGAGAAACACAGAGUGAAUCAGAGAGUAGUGACAAAAAUCAGGUGACACUUUCAGGCUUCCUCAACUUCAUAGAUGGUCUUUGGUCAUGCUGUAGUGAUGGACGAAUCAUUGUUUUCACGACCAAUCACAAAGAUAGGCUAGACCCUGCGUUGUUGAGGCCAGGUCGCAUGGAUAUGCAUGUUCACAUGUCAUAUUGCAACUUUUCUGGAUUCAAGCAAUUGGCAUUCAACUAUCACAGAAUUUCCGAACAUCAACUCUUUGGAGAAAUUGAAGGGCUUAUAGGGGAUGUUGAAGUCACACCUGCAGAAGUUGCAGGUGAGCUAAUGAAGAGCAAAGAUGAUGAAGUUUCCCUCCAAGGCCUUGUCAAGUUCCUUCAGGACAAGAAAGUUCAGCCUCAUGAUAAGGCUGAAACUAAUAAGGAUGUCAAAGGAGACCAUCCAGAAGGGACAGACAAGCAAGAUGGUAAAGGGGAAAAGGUAAAACAAGCCAAGGAUGAUAAGGCUGAAACUAACAAGGAUGUCAAGGGAGACCAUCGCGAAGGGACAGAGAAGCAAGGUGGUGAAGAGGAAAAAGUGAAGUAGCUAAGGAUGAUGACGAACAAAUAUAAGAAAAAAUUAGAAGGCUUAAAACGGCCUGCGAAAGUGCUCCCUCAACCUUUUUUCUUCCCCCACUCACGAGUGAAGAUCGAUAUGGUAGAGAGACGGGGAGAGAAUUACUCGUUAUAUAGCAGUUGUAAGGGAGAUUACUCUUUAAAUGGUGAAAAAUGAUGUUCAUUUGAUCGACAACAUCAUUGUAAUUUUUAAUGCUUUCCUUUAUCAAUGAAUACGGGUACUGAUUUUGUGCA